AUGCAGUCGUUUGGAAAAGGGAAAAGGAUAUCAGCUGGAACUUUUGUUGCAAUUGUUGUUUCAAUUGCUAUUGCAGUGUUGCUAUUGUCAGUUCUAAGGUGGUGUUGGCGGAGUAGAAAAAAAGAGGAAACAAUCAAUGAUGGGAAUGAUAUUACAAAUGUGGAGUCGUUGCAAUUUAAUUUCAGUAUAGUCAUAGCAGCUACAAACAACUUCUCUGAUGACAACAAAAUUGGUCAAGGUGGAUUCGGUUGUGUUUACAAGGGUAUACUUUCCAAUGGACAAGAAAUUGCUGUGAAAAGGCUCUCUAGAAGCUCUAGACAAGGUGCAGAAGAAUUUAAGAAUGAGGCUGUAUUAGUUGCAAAGCUUCAACACAGGAAUCUUGUUAGGCUAUUGGGAUUUUGCUUAGAAGGAGAAGAGAAGAUACUUAUCUAUGAAUUCGUCCCCAACAAAAGCCUUGAUUACCUUCUAUUCGAUCCAGAUGGAAGUGAAUGUUUGGAUUGGCCAACACGUUACAAGAUUAUAGUGGGCAUAGCUCGAGGGCUUCUUUAUCUUCAUGAAGAUUCUCAGCUCAGGAUUAUUCAUCGAGAUCUUAAAGCUAGCAACAUCUUGUUAGAUGGUAAUAUGGACCCCAAAAUAUCUGAUUUUGGGAUGGCAAGAAUUUUUUGUGUGGAUCAAAAUCAAGCCAAUACAAACAGAGUGGUUGGGACAUUUGGUUAUAUGUCUCCGGAAUAUGUGAUGCGUGGACAAUUCUCCGUUAAAUCUGAUGUCUACAGCUUUGGUGUGUUGCUUCUAGAGAUUAUUACUGGCAAGAAGAACAAUUCUUUCUAUCGAGCAGAGUCUGCAGAGUAUCUUCUAAGCUUUGCCUGGAGAAAUUGGAAGGAAGGAAAAGCUUUAGAGUUGCUGGAUCCAAUUUUAAGAGAGUUCUACUCAAGAGAUGAAGUGAUGAGAUGCAUUCAUAUUGGGUUAUUGUGUGUUCAGGAUAAUGUAGCUCGGAGACCCACCAUGGAAACAGUAGUUCUCAUGCUGAGUAGUUAUUCUGUCACUCUUGAAGUGCCUCAACCACCAGCGUUUUUGGGAUACAGAAAAAUGGAGCCAAAGAAACCCACGAGGGAGAUUGAAGAACAAUCAACAGAAUCAGAUCGAUCUACAAGUAGAUCACUAGCGGGGUCUAUCAAUGAUGUAACAAUUACAGAAUUAGACCCCAGGUAGAGUUAUAGCAUGGUAUCAAGAAUACAAAAGAAGACUUUUCUUGAUUUGCAAAUCUAGUUCUAUUUGUGUACUAUUAAAGUGCUUUCGAAGGAGAGCAAUAUACUGAAAUAAGUAAAUUAAUUUGUUUUU